CUCGCAAUGCCUUCCCUCCUCCAUUUGGCCACAAUCGCGACAGCGAUUCUGGCAUCUGCAGCUCCAGCCACCGCAACAACAACAACAACAACAACAACAACAACAACAACAACAACAACAACAACAACAACAACCCUCGGCUCAUCAAAGAAUGUCCUCUGCGCCUGUAAAAAACUUUCCAAGUCCUUUCCCAAGCGGAUAAUCUACCCCGGGUCCGACCAGUACACCGCGCAAGCUACAGACGCAUACUGGGAUAAGCGCGCCGCGCUCUCGCCGUCAUGCAUCGUUGUCCCCAAUACAGCGGACGAGGUCGCGACCGCCGUGGAGGCGAUUAGCGAUUGUAAUGCGCCGUUUGCUGUUCGUGGGGGUGGGCAUAUGAAUGUCGUCGGCUCAAACAACAUCAACAAUGGCGUCCUGAUCGCGCUUGAAAACCUCACGGCCGUCAAAGUAAACUCCGAAACAGUCGAAGUCGGGCCCGGGCUCACCUGGUACGACGUCUACACAGCCCUCGAACCGCACGACCGCGUCGCGAUCGGCGGCCGCCUCAAGACCAUCGGCGUGCCCGGGCUAACACUCAUCGGUGGCUACCACUACUUCAACAACAAGUACGGGUUCGCGAUGGACAAUGUCGAAAGCUACGACGUUGUUCUGGGUAACGGGACGCAGGUUGUUGCGAGCCGCGAGGCGAAUCGCGAUCUCUUCUGGGCGCUCAAGGGCGGGGGUGGGAAUAAUUUCGGAAUUGUGACAAGGUUUGUCCUGCGGACGUAUGCAGUCCCAGAGGUUAGUACGACGAUACAGGCGUUUGAUGAAGCGGCUGUUCCUGGGUUCUUGGCUGCGGUGUGUGAGGCUGCCAAGUUGGAUAAGGAGCGCCCCGUUGCGGCCGGGAUGGUUGCGACGGUUACGUAUAAUGUCACCACGGGGGUGACGUCGGCUUCGUUGUUGGGGGUGCAGGAGGGGGUGAGCAAUCCGCCGGAUCAGUUUGCGAAUUUCUCGAGCAUCUCGUCGUUUGCGAUUAAUAAUGUCACGACGAUGAAGGAGUGGUCGAGUAAUUUCGACACGCCGACGCAGAUGUGGAGAAUCCAAUUCACCCACCGCACCAUCAAAGCCGACGCUGCGGUGCUCACAUCUCUCUACGAAGCCUGGAAAGACGCAGUGGCCGAGAUCGCCGACGUCGAGGGUCUCGCCCCGACGUUUGUAGCCAACGUCAUCUCCCCCAAUGCGGUCCGUGUCGGAAACACCAACGGUAUCGGCAAUAUCUGGGGUCUCGAGGAAGAGCCCAUGAUCAUCUGGCAAUUCAGCACAAGCUGGUCCCUGGCGCGUGACGACCGACGCGUCGAGACCUGGGGCCGCGUAACGACCGAGCGCCUGCACGCGCUGAACCGGCGCAAGGGCGUUGCGUCCGAGUACAUUUACAUGGGCGACGCGGGCGACUGGCAGGAUGCGUUCGCGGGGGUGCCGAGGGCGAAUGUGGCGCGGUUGAAGAGGAUUCAGAGGGCUUAUGAUCCCGAGAGGGUUUUUACGCGGUUGAACACGGGUGGGUUCAAGUUGACUUAGGGAGUUGGUUGUUGGUGGGAAUGGGGCUGGGGUGGUCGGGGUGUGGUAGUUUGCCAGCACAUGAAGAUAGGAAGAGUUCGAUAUAGGACUUAGACUUUCGAACUGCGAGCAGCAGGCCGUGGUUGUUUGAAUACACACUACAGUAGGCUUAUUGGACCAGGUGUGUGGACCAGAGCUUCAAUAUCUAGCCAACAAGCUCAAACAUAUCAAUCGAUCU